GGGGAUGGCCGCUUCCGCUUUUUUUGUCACCGGAAGUGCACCGCAGUUUGCCAGAGGUCUCGUGCCUGGCGCGUUGUUCUUUGGGCGGAGCGGAGGACCGUUUUUGGGGCGCUGCGGGCGAGCCAGCAGGAGAAAGGAGCUCUGCCUGCCUGCCUGUUUUCCCUGGCCUGCGAGUGACAGAAGAUGGCCCUGGUUCCUUACGAUGGGCUCCAUCUCUGGGGGAAGCUGCACAAGCCAUCCUCAGUGUACUCUUUCGCUAACCACACGAUCCAGAUUCAGCAGAACUGGAAGCAGCUCGGGGUGGCCGCCGUGGUCUGGGACGCGGCUGUAGUCCUUUGUAUGUACUUGGAAAUGGGAGAUGUGAACCUCCGAGGGCGCUCCGUCAUUGAAUUAGGAGCAGGAACUGGCUUGCUGGGAAUAGUAGCAGCUUUACUUGGUGCUCAAGUUACAAUCACGGACAGAGAAGCUGCCUUGGCAUUUCUCAAGUCAAAUGUCCAAGCGAAUUUACCCAGGGACAUCCAGUCGAGAGCCGUAGUCAAAGAACUGACCUGGGGCCAAAACUUAAUGAGCUUCUCCGCGGGAGAAUACGACUUCAUCUUGGGCGCAGACAUCGUUUACCUGGAAGAAACAUUUGCGGAUCUUCUUCGAACCCUGGACCACCUGAGCGCGGACCACACCGUGAUCUUGCUCUCUUGCCGCCUGCGGUAUGAGCGAGACCAGAACUUCUUGACAAUGUUGAAAGGGACCUUUUCCGUCCAGGAGGUGCACUAUGACCCUGGGAAUGACAUACAUAUAUUCAGGGCACAGAGGAACAACCGGAAAAGAGAGUUGUGACCCGUCUGGCUGCAAAAGAACGUGUGCCCUCAGAGCAUGCGAAGACCAAAGGGCAUCAUUUAAGCCUUCCGUUUCAGCUCCUGCCAUGGAUUUGUCUGAUUUGCAGCAGGGGUGGGGGUGGCGGAGCUGCAACGCUGACUCGAGCAGGUCAGGCUUACCAGAACUGCAAAGGGCUUCGUGAACCCUUCGUUUGCUAACGGUCUCAUUGGAACUGGAGAACAAGCGUAGGCACCGUGUACCACUGAAAUGGAUUCUUGAAAGUACUGCAAUGAUACGCUUUGUGAGAGUGGAAGAUGAUGUGAAAAGUGAAUAAGCAAUGGCUUAGAUAAAGCUUACAGCGAAACGGGGGGAAAUAGACCGGUUUUGCCUGUCAGCUUUUUUUCCCCUUUUGGGAGCUAAUCUGUGAUUUUGAAAAAAUUUAAUACCCUUGAGGUUGUGACUUACCACUUAAUAAAUAAUAUAAUAUUUUGGGACAAAA